AUUUUCUACUAUUAUUAAUUUAAUCUAUUAUUUCAUUAAAUUCAUACAUAACGAUAGAAUAUUAUUAAGCAGAUUUAGUGUAUUAGUGUACAUAAGCAUUUCAAGUUAGUCAUACAAACAAAGGAAUAAGCAUAAUAUUAGCGAACAAUGAAAACUUAAAAUAUCGAUAACAUUAAAAUUUAUUUCACUGAAAACAUGGGAAUUUUGAUGACAAUUUGUUAAGAUAUUACUGUCAAUUUAUCGUAUGAGGAAGUGCCAUAAUGGCGCAAGCAAGUGAAAUAGAUGAAUAUGGUUUCAAAAGAUGUCAAGAAGAAAUGCGAUUUAUUGAGGAAAAUAAAGAUUUCUUCACGAAAUUAACGAAGCAAUUGAUGGCAUGGGAGGCACUAAAUAAUAGAACUAAUCCGUUCUUCAAAAGUACAAUGCUUAAAAAUUUCAUCCGUAAAGGUGUUCCACUUAAUUUGAGGAAGCAGGUUUGGCUGAAAAUGAGCGGUAGUCAAAGACUGAUUCAACUACAUCCGAAUUUAUAUGAAGAUUUAUUUAGGAAUCAAUUUCAAAAAGAGAUUGUAGACUCGAUCAAAAUUGAUAUACCGCGAACAUUUCCCGACAACAUUUAUUUUGAUAAAUAUAAAGUUAGUCUUUACAAUGUUCUAAGCGCUUUCGCUUCUCAUAAUCCAAUAGUUUCAUAUUGUCAAGGAUUAAAUUAUAUUGCUGGUAUGAUUUUGAUCGUGUGUGCUGGAGACGAGGAAGCAACAUUUUGGCUUUUGAAGCAUUUAGUGGAAAUUGUAUCGCCGGAAUAUCACACAAAAACAAUGAAAGGCUUAAAACGAGACAUCGAAGUAGUAACAGAAUUGAUCAAAAUCAGACUUCCAGUAGUCAAUGAGAAAAUGAACGAAUUAGGAUUACCGUGGAUUGUAAUUAUGACAAAAUGGUUUAUUUGUCUGUUUGCAGAAGUCCUGCCUAUUGAGACAUCACUAAGAGUUUGGGAUGCUUUAUUCUCAGAGGGAUAUAAAAUAAUUUUUCGUACUAGUCUGGCAAUUGUUUUAAUACUAAAAGACGAUAUCAUGAAGGUUGAAGACAUCAAUGAGCUGGCUGAAUUAUUCAGAAACAUCUCAAAAGACGUCCGUUUCAUCAACUCACACGAAUUUAUGAAAUUUGUGUUUUCUUUAAAACUUAAAAGACGUGAAAUUCAAGUUUUACGGAGAAAUUAUUCAAGCAUAAACUAAGGAAAUAUUAUUACCUAGAACAAAAAAUGUUUGUACGAUUGUAAAACUUAUGUUUUAAUGCAUAAUUCAUUAUUUAUACAUGUCUAGUUCAAUAAAAGAUUAAUAUUUUUUUAUUA